AUGCUGUCUACGAACGUUCUGGUGGUGAUUGGCAGUGGUGGCAUGGGUCUGCCCAUCGCUCGUCGUCUAGGCGUUGGCCGACAGGUUUUACUCGCAGACUUUUCGGCCGACAACCUCUCGACAGCCGAGAAAGCGCUGCUGGAUGAAGGCUACUCGGUCCACACAGCGCAUCUGGACGUCGCGAACUUUACGUCGGUCAGUGAGCUGGCGCAGAAAGCCGCGACGCUCGGCAACGUCGAGACAAUCAUUCACGCCGCUGGCGUCGGGCCCUCUGCUGGCUCUGCUCGCCGCGUGUACGAGAUCGAUCUCCUCGGCACCGUCAACGUCAUUGAAGCUUUCCUGCCCGUCGUACAGGCUGGGUCAAAUCUGGUCUGCAUCUCCAGCAUGGCUGGCCACUUGUGCCCGCCUCUCGAUCCAGAAUUCGAACGACAUCUGGCGACCGCGCCGCGGGAACAGGUUCUGGUUCAUGAGAGUCUCAACAUCGAUGAGCCUGGUCCUCAAGCUGCAGCAGCUGCGUAUGGCUUGUCCAAGCGUGGGAACAUUGUCCGCGUGCAGGCUUCCGCGGGAGCAUGGGGUCUCAAGGGGGCUCGGAUCAACUCCGUGAGCCCAGGCGUGAUUUCAACUGAGCUUGGCCGUCAGGAAAUGGCUGGGCCUGCCGGGAAGUUCGUCAAGUCAUCCCCGGCGGGCAGGGCUGGCUCACCAGAAGACAUUGUCAACGCCGUUUCGUUCUUGGUCAAUCCAGCAUCUUGUUUCAUCACUGGAGCUGACAUCCUGGUUGACGGAGGUGCUGCCUCCUCCGUACGGUGGAUGAAGCGUUGA